AUGGAUCCUUACAACCAUUUAUUUUCAGUGACAUGUGGAAAUCCUCCAAGUCUGGCAGGAAUGAUGCUACGCAAAGUUCCAAAAAAUCAGUUUAAUUGUUCUGUUGAACUCAAUUGCCCAAAUAAAUGUAUAUGUAACAAAACUGAAGCACUCAGCCUCGUAACCAUCCACUGUGAUGAAAAGUAUUUUGAAAAUAAUCUCCCAAAGACAUGUCCAUAUGCUGAAAGGAUAAACCUCAAUAUCAAAUCUAACAAAUUGACAAAACUCUCUUCCAGAGAAUAUCUUGGUAAUGUAUCACAAUUUGAUGUAUCUCAGUGUGCAAUUACAACCAUAGAUACAUCGUUUGUUGACAUGAUACAAGAUGCCCGUUUCGAUGCUUUAUUAUUAAAUGAUAAUAAACUUGAAACGAUACCAAGAUCUUUUAAACACCUUAAUUUCAGCAAUGGACAGGUCCUUGCAUUGGAUGGAAAUCCAUUCAUUUGUGAUUGCCAUACACGAUGGAUGAAAAUUUGGCUUCGUUCGAACAAAAAGUACAUUUUACGACGGAAUAACAUCAGAUGCGCAACUGGACCAGGUGAGGGCAAGCCAAUACAUGAAGUACCAGACAAUUUAUUUAUUUGCCAAACUUUUUCAAACAUCGACGGACUACUUUCCGUGAUUGGCUCAAUUAUAUUUGUCGCUCUUCUACUUGUUAUAUUGUCGCGUAAAUCUAAAAGUAUACAAGUGUUCAUGAUAUCACAUUUUGAUAUAUGCAGGUAUUUCUGCCGGAAGAGAAAACACCGCCAGUUGUCGUUCGAUAUCUUCAUCCCUCAUUCAUGUGAGGACGAUGAUAUCAUUAAAAUCAUUGUUGAUUAUCUUGAAAACCACCAUCCACCAUAUAGGGUAUGUAUUGGUGAGAAAAACUUUAAACCAGGUAAAACAAUAUCUGAAAAUAUACUCGAUGCCAUUGAGUCCAGUCAAACAACUUUGCUUGCCAUUUCCAACAACUUCCUCAGAAGCUCGUGGUGUAACAUGGAGUUUCGUGAAGCUCACAUGAGGUUUCUGAAAGACAGGAAUAUUAAUAUGGUGCUGAUUAUGUUAGAGGAAUUAGACAACAAUCUUAUUGGCAAGGAAUUAAAAUUCUACAUGGAAUCGCAUGUGUACAUCAAGUAUAGGGACAAUCAGUUUUGGGCAAAGCUUUUACAUAGCCUUCCUAUUAUGAUUGAACCGUCUGAUACCGAAAGAUAA